GUUGGCAGCCGGCAGAGCUCUGCCAGCGGCUAACGCUGCCGUGUUCUGUGUUCUUGUCCUCGGCAGCGGCGUUUCCCGGCUGUCCCGCCCGUCCCGAGGCGGUGCGAGGAGAGUCCCGCGGCUUCACCUCUCCGCUGCGGCCACUGCUGCUUCCCCCCAGCACCCCCCGCCUCUAGCGGGGCGCGGAGGCCAUGUUCCCGCUGGACUCCACCUGGAAUAUCUCCUUCGCCGGCUGCGGCUUCCUGGGGGUCUAUCACAUCGGCGUGGCCAGCUGCCUGCAGGAACAUGCCCCAUUCCUGGUCGCCAAUGCUAAGAAGGUGUACGGCGCCUCGGCCGGGGCGCUCACCGCCACCGCCCUCGUCAGCGGCGCCUGCCUCGGUGAGGCUGGUGCCAGCAUUAUUCGCGCGUCAAAAGAAGCCCGGAAGAGGUUCUUGGGCCCACUCCAUCCCUCUUUCAACUUGGUGAAGACCAUUCGGAUGUGCCUGUACAAGAUGGUGCCAGAGAAUGGGCAUGAGGUUGCAGCAGGACGUUUGGGUAUUUCCCUGACACGGGUCUCUGAUGGAGAAAAUGUGAUAUUGUCAGACUUCAAUUCCAGGGAGGAACUGAUCCAGGCCUGUGUCUGCAGCGCCUUUAUCCCUGUCUAUUGCGGGCUGAUACCUCCAACCCUGCGUGGAGUGAGAUAUGUUGAUGGAGGGAUUUCUGACAAUUUGCCCCAAUAUGAGCUGAAGAACACAAUCACGGUCUCUCCUUUCUCGGGAGAGAGCGAUAUCUGCCCACGGGACAGUUCCACAAACAUGCAUGAGCUGAGAGUCACCAAUACCAGCAUCCAAUUCAACCUUCGCAACCUCUACCGCCUCUCAAAGGCCCUGUUUCCUCCGGAGCCACAGGUGCUGCGGGAUAUGUGCAAGCAGGGCUAUCGAGAUGCACUGCAUUUCCUGAAGAAGAAUGGUCUCCUGAAUCGUCCAAGUCCUGCCCGUCCUCUCCUUGCCAUAGAAGCACCUCCUGGAGAGAAGAAAGAGGAAGAAACUGAAGCUGAGGACCAACUAGAGGACAGCACUGCCCUUGCUGUUGUUGAAGAGCACAUCUUUGAACACUUGCCUCCCAGACUGAACCAAGCUCUCCUGGAGGCCUGUGCUGAAAGAAGAAAUUUCUUGACUGGCCUCAGCAACAUGCUGCCUGUGCGUGUGGCCACAGCCAUGAUGGUCCCCUACAUGCUGCCUCUGGAGUCUGCAGUUUCCUUCACUGUCAGGUUGCUGGAAUGGCUCCCAGAUAUCCCUGAGGAUAUAAGAUGGAUGAGGGAGCAGAUGACAGAAAUCUGCAACUAUCUUGUGAAGAAAGCCAAGAAGAAACUGGGCAGCCAUCUUUCAGCCAGGCUUUACUACCACCUCGAGCUCGGAGGGCCCCAGAAGCUGCCAAUUUCUCCCCCGCCACCUUGUGGUGAAGCACUGCCCAUGUGGAUGAGAAGCAACCGCUCGGUUUCUGAUGUCAUGAUGAAGUGGGAGGAGUACCAGCGCCAGCUCAUGCUGGGCUUGCUCUGCAUCAACGUGGACAUGCAAGCCUCCCUCUUCCCUCGGGAAGGGUUUCAGUUAAAGCUUCCACCUCUAGGGUGUGCAAAAGAGUGCCUGCCACUCUUCUGAGCCUGCUGCUGUCGGGGGAUGAGGGUGGGUGGGAAGGGGAAUGGACAUAGGGUGGGACCAGUCUCAUCCCUCAGCAGCAGGCUGCCCUGUGCUCCUGAAUAUGCUGCAAAGGGGAUUUCCCCGGGAUGGAGACUGGUGGAAUUGACUGUAGCCAUUUGUUGCCCACUGGGCCAAGCAAGGGACCUUUGUGUUCACACACACAGGCUGAUUCCUUGCUCUAGACUUGUGGUGAGGCAUGGCCAUUGCCUAUGGCCAGGCUGAUGCUGACCCAGCUGGGCUCUCCCAAGUAGUGCACUUUGAAUUGCCACUGGCUUUUUACCGCCAAAUAACCAGGAUGUAGAUGACGCUCUCAAGUUCAUACAGCUUUUACCUCCCUUGGUUUUUCAGAGCAUGUGUCUUGAUUCCUCUCCUUAAAUCAUUUGUCAACCCUUAGAUCUUUGUGCUACUGAAAGAUGAGGUAGCCUCUUGCCAAA